AUGUCCACUGCAGACCAUCAAGAAGCCGACAUCGACUCAAUUGUCGAUAGAUUGCUAGAAGUUAGGGGAUCACGUCCAGGUAAGCAGGUCACUUUGGCUGAACAUGAAAUUCGUUAUCUUUGUACCAAAGCCAGAGAAAUUUUUAUUCAACAGCCAAUAUUGUUGGAGUUGGAAGCACCCAUCAAGAUUUGUGGUGAUAUUCAUGGACAGUAUUAUGAUUUGUUGAGGUUGUUUGAGUAUGGAGGAUUUCCACCUGAGGCCAACUAUUUGUUUCUUGGUGAUUAUGUUGAUAGAGGUAAACAAAGUUUGGAAACCAUUUGUCUUUUAUUGGCUUACAAGAUCAAAUAUCCGGAAAACUUCUUUAUUCUUAGAGGCAAUCAUGAAUGUGCUUCAAUCAAUCGUAUUUAUGGGUUUUAUGAUGAAUGCAAACGAAGAUAUAAUAUUAAACUUUGGAAAACUUUUACUGACUGUUUUAAUUGUUUACCUAUUGCUGCUAUUAUUGAUGAAAAAAUAUUCACCAUGCAUGGUGGAUUGUCACCGGAUUUAAAUUCAAUGGAACAAAUUAGGAGGGUCAUGCGUCCAACUGAUAUUCCUGAUGUUGGGUUAUUGUGUGAUUUGUUAUGGUCAGAUCCUGAUAAAGAUAUUACUGGUUGGUCUGAAAAUGAUCGUGGUGUUUCUUUUACUUUUGGUCCUGAUGUUGUUUCGCGUUUUUUGCAAAAACAUGAUAUGGAUUUAAUUUGUCGUGCUCAUCAAGUUGUUGAAGAUGGUUAUGAAUUUUUCAGUAAACGUCAAUUGGUUACUUUAUUUUCAGCUCCAAAUUAUUGUGGUGAAUUUGAUAAUGCUGGUGCUAUGAUGUCAGUUGAUGAGUCAUUAUUGUGUUCGUUCCAAAUUUUAAAACCGGCUGAUAAAAAACCAAGAUAUCCUUCGUCUGCUGGUUCUUCUGUUGGUGGUGGUAACAGGCCAAACCCGAAUACUAGGAAACCAAAGAAGCCAACCAAGUAG